AUGUUAGGUGCCCUCUACCACUGCAUCAGCAAAUGGUUUCCAGCACCAGUGCCUCCAGAAUUGGCUGCCCAAGGUAUCACCACAGGGCAUGUCAGUACUGUCUUUUUCUUUCCACAAGCUAGCCUGCAAGCACUAGAGGGAAAGCCCACUUUGGAGGAAGAGGACUAUGGGAGGAAGCAGUAUUAUACCAGUACAGAUUCCUUGAGCUCUGCCUUGCCCUUGGAUUUGUUCCUAUUGAUGCCUAUCCUCAAGGACGAAGAAGAGGAGGUAGACUCUCUCAUUGUGGAUGAUGAGUUAUAA